UUCCUUCCUCGUUCGCUCCCUGUUUGCAUAGUUUAAUAGUAACAGAAAAGCCCGCGCAGCGCAGAGGAGCUUCGAACCUCCGUCCAUCCUCCUCUCAGAGGCAGUGAUGGAAAAGGGAAUACAAAGCAAAAGUUGAAUUCAAUCCCACAAAGAACUCACUCCAAAAGCAAAAGCAAAAAAGUUCAGACCCAACUUUUUUGAAUCGUCACAGACACCCAGAAAAAGCACCAUCUCCAAAAAGCAGUCCAAGAAUUCCAAGUUUCACCUCAUUAAGCAAAAUGGAAGCCACCACCAAGCAAACGAAUGAAAUUUUACAUAUAUACUAUGUACCCGCUUCAAUUUGUACUCUUCCAUUGCUUACCCAUCUCGCUUCACGGCCAUGGCAGGUGAAAUUGUGCUCUCUGAGCCCAUUAUUGAAGCUGAAUCAGAUCAUGCAGCGCCCAUCGCGAGUUCGAUUGCAAGUACUAGUGGAAGUGGAAGCAAUGUUCGUGGGGUUGAUUAUAAUCCUGAACCAUUUGAGAGCGAGAGAUUGCCCGUUUCUUUGGCUUCUGAAAUCCAGAGGUUUCUUCGAGUGGCGAAUUCGAUUGAAAGAGAGGAGCCUCGUAUUGCUUGUCUUUGUCGCUUUCAUGCAUUUGUGAUAGCUCAUAACCUUGAUCGAUAUUCGAAUGGGCGGGGAGUUCGGCAACUUAAAACUGCUCUUCUACAACGACUUGAACAGGACGAGGAAGUUACAAUUCGGAAACGGAAGGAAAAAAAUGAUCCUCGUGAACUUAGGCGAGUUUAUCAUACGUACAAGGAUUUCAUAAUAAAACAUGGUGGGGCAUUUGAUUUUGAUAACAGUCAUAGAGAGAAGUUGAUAAAUGCACGAAGAACUGCCUCUGUAUUGUAUGAAGUCUUGAAGUCCAUCAGUACUGCAAUGGCUCCUCAGGCGGUUUCUGAAAGAGAUGAUACCCAUUUGAAUGCAUUCUAUGUACCUUAUAACAUUCUACCACUUGAUCAUAGAAGCGUUCAGCAACCCAUCAUGCAACUACCGGAGAUUAAAGCAGCAAUCGCAGUAAUUUCCAAUGUUCGUGGCUUGCCUUCAGCCAGUGAUUUUCAGAAAAAUGGGCCGUUUACAGAUUUGUUUGAUUUUCUUCAGUGGAGCUUUGGCUUUCAGAGAGAUAAUGUGGCCAACCAGAAGGAGCAUUUGAUUCUACUCCUUGCUAAUAUGCAAACUCGACUAAAAAAUAAGCAGACAUCUGUCUCAAAGUUAGGAGAUAACCCAGUGGAUGAGUUAAUGAUAAAGUUCUUCAAGAACUAUACACAUUGGUGCAAAUUUUUGGGGAGGAAAAGCAAUAUAAGGUUACCUUAUGUGAAACAGGAAGGUCAGCAGUAUAAACUUCUGUACAUUGGGCUUUACCUGCUUAUAUGGGGCGAGGCUGCAAACUUGAGAUUCAUGCCAGAAUGUCUCUGUUAUAUUUUUCACCAUAUGGCAUAUGAGUUGCAUGGCAUGUUGACCAGUGCUGUUAGCUUGACAACAUGGGAGAAGGUCAUGCCAGCGUAUGGUGGAGGAACCGAGUCUUUUCUUGUGAAUGUAGUUACCCCUAUAUACAGAGUCAUAAAAAAGGAAGCUGAGAAAAGCAACAAUGGGUCAGCCAACUACUCUACAUGGAGAAACUAUGAUGAUUUGAAUGAGUACUUCUGGUCACCUGAUUGCUUUGAGUUAGGCUGGCCCCUGCGUUUGGACCAUGAUUUCUUUCACGUAGAUGUUUCAAAUAAAAAAAAGAUAGAUGAUUCAAGUAAAAAACAUGUCAAGUUUCCUUUUUUUAACAAUCGAAGGGUGGAAGAAAGAACGACCGAAGAAAAUGUAGAUACUGAAGCAGUGGCUUCUAAAGAUGAAGCUCGUGAGCAGAAGAAGUCAUUAGGAAAAAGUAAUUUUGUUGAGGUUCGUUCAUUCUUGCAGAUCUUUAGGAGUUUCAAGAGAAUGUGGAGCUUCUAUAUACUGUCCCUACAGGCGAUGAUCAUUAUGGCAUUUAAUGAAUUGGAUACUCCACUUCAAUUAUUUGAUGCAGUCAUAUUUGAGGAUGUCUCCAGCGUUUUUGUUACAUCUUCAGUACUUAAAUUGUUGCAAGCAAUUAUUGAGAUUACAUUUACAAGGAAGGCGAGGAGGACUAUGGGGACUUCCCAGAAAAGGAAAUAUCUAAUAAAGCUUGGUGUAGCAGUAAUAUGGACCAUUGUUCUUCCAGUUUGUUAUGCAUAUUACAGGAGUAAAUAUAAAUGUUACACAACAAAGAAAGGGAGUUGGAUUGGAGAAUUGUGUUUCUCUUCCUACAUGGUUGCCGUUGCAAUUUACCUCAUCAGUAAUGCAGUGGAUCUGGUUUUAUUUCUUGUUCCGGCAGUAGGGAAGUAUAUUGAGACAUCAAAUGGCCGUAUAUGCAGUAUUUUGUCCUAUUGGACAGAGCCUAGAUUAUAUGUUGGUCGUGGAAUGCAGGAAAGCCAAGUAUCAAUGCUGAAGUAUACUUUAUUUUGGGUACUUGUACUAUUAAGCAAAUUUUCCUUCAGUUACUAUUUUGAGAUUAAACCACUCGUAGAACCAACCAAGAGGAUAAUGAAAAUUGGUGUGAAGAAAUAUGAUUGGCAUGAGCUUUUCCCCAAAGUUAGGAGUAAUGCUGGUGCGAUUGUGGCUAUUUGGGCUCCUAUAAUAGUUGUAUAUUUUAUGGAUUCUCAAAUAUGGUAUUCUGUGUUCUGUAUGAUCUUUGGUGGUCUAUAUGGAAUUUUGCAUCAUCUCGGCGAGAUUCGAACAUUAGGAAUGCUGAGAAGCAGAUUUCAUACCUUGCCUUAUGCAUUCAAUGCUUGCUUUUGCCCACCAAUGUUGAGAAGUGAUCAAAAGAAAAGAAAAGGUUUCUUCCGCAGUAGGUUUCAGGCUUCUGAAAACGCACAUAAAGGUCUUUCCAAGUUUGUUGUUGUAUGGAACCAAAUCAUCAAGAGUUUUCGACAUGAAGACUUAAUAAACAACAGGGAAUUGGAUUUGAUGACAAUGCCAGUGUCAUCAGAAUUGUUUUCUGGUAUAGUUCGCUGGCCUGUUUUUCUCCUAGCAAACAAGUUCACAACAGCUUUGAGCAUUGCAAAAGAAUUUGUUGGGAAGGAUGCAAAUCUGAUUAAAAAGAUCAAAAAAGAUGAGUACAUGAGUUCUGCUGUAAAAGAGUGCUACGAGUCCUUGAAGUACAUUCUCGAAAUCCUUAUCGUGGGAGAUUUGGAGAAGAGGGUCAUAUCUUCUCUGAUCAAUGAAAUUGAAGAAAGCAUUAAUAGAUCUAGUCUUCUCGAGGACUUCAAGAUGAACGAGCUUCCAGUUCUACAUGAUAAAUGUAUCGAGUUACUAGAUCUUUUGAUUCAAGGGCAUAAGACACAUCGGGAAAGAGUGAUAAGAGUUUUACAAGAUAUAUUUGAGCUUGUAACCAGUGAUAUGAUGACCAAUGGCUCCAGAUUACUAGAUCUGGUCUAUGCUACUGAGCAAAUAGAGCAGGAUUACAUUGAUUUUUCUAGGCAUAUUGAACCACAGUUAUUUGAAUCCUCAACUAGCAAGGAAUCUAUUCAUUUCCCUUUGCCAGAUGAUGACUCUCUCAAAGAACAGAUCAAGCGUUUUCACUUGUUGCUUACCGUUAAAGAUAGUGCAAUGGACAUCCCUGUGAACUUGGAGGCUCGAAGGCGCAUUUCAUUCUUUGCGACGUCAAUGUUUAUGAAUGUGCCCAAAGCCCCUAAAGUAAGCAAUAUGAUGUCAUUCAGCGUUUUAACUCCAUACUUCGCGGAGGAUAUAAACUUUUCAUUGGAAGAGCUUCACUCAAGCCAUCAAGAAGUCUCCAUCAUAUUUUACAUGCAAAAGAUGUUUCCAGAUGAGUGUAAAAACUUUUUGGAGCGACUUGGUUAUGAGGAUAUGGAAAAACUAAAAGACGACGGGAAAGAGGAAGAACUUAGAAAUUGGGCGUCUUUUCGGGGACAAACACUGAGUAGAACAGUUAGAGGAAUGAUGUACUAUAGGGAGGCAUUAAAACUUCAAGCUUUUCUUGACAUUGCUGAAGAUGAAGAUAUUCUUGAAGGUUAUGAUACCAUUGGGAGAGGAAAUCGUGCGUUAUCUGCUCAAAUAGAAGCUUUAGCUGAUAUGAAAUUUACGUAUGUGUUGUCCUGUCAAUCUUUUGGAGCACAAAAAGCUUGCGGUGAUCCCCGUGCAAGAGACAUUCUUGACUUGAUGAUAAGGUAUCCAUCUCUUCGUGUGGCUUAUGUUGAGGAGAAAGAAAUGCCAGACAAUGACAAAGUCUAUUCAUCUAAGUUGAUUAAAGCUGUUAAUGGUUUUGAUCAGGAAAUUUACAGCAUAAAGCUUCCGGGUCCGCCACACCUUGGAGAAGGGAAGCCCGAAAACCAAAAUCAUGCUAUAAUUUUCACACGUGGCGAAGCUCUUCAAACAGUUGAUAUGAACCAGGAUAAUUAUUUGGAAGAGGCACUGAAGAUGAGAAAUCUUCUUCAAGAAUUUUUUAAUCCCAAAGCACGAAAGCCACCUGCAAUUCUGGGUUUGAGAGAGCACAUAUUUACUGGAAGUGUUUCUUCCUUAGCAUGGUUCAUGUCAUAUCAAGAGACGAGUUUCGUCACAAUUGGUCAAAGAAUUCUUGCCAAUCCUCUCAGGGUACGAUUCCACUACGGACACCCAGAUGUGUUCGACAGGGUGUUUCACAUUACGAGAGGUGGCAUUAGCAAAGCAUCAAAAACCAUAAACUUGAGCGAAGAUGUUUAUGCAGGAUUCAACUCUACAUUACGUAGGGGAUAUAUUACAUACCAUGAGUACAUGCAAAUCGGCAAAGGCCGUGAUGUAGGACUGAACCAGAUCUCCAAGUUUGAAGCCAAGAUAGCAAAUGGAAAUAGCGAACAAACUCUAAGCCGGGACAUAUAUCGCCUUGGGCAGCGAUUCGAUUUCUUCAGGAUGCUAUCUUGUUAUUACACUACAAUUGGAUACUAUUUCAGUAGUCUGAUAUCAGUACUUGGAAUUUAUGUUUUCCUCUACGGACAACUAUACCUUGUUCUUAGUGGGUUGGAAAAAUCUCUUCUUCUUCAAGCUAGAAUGCAGAAUGUCCGAUCUUUGGAAACAGCUCUUGCUUCACAGUCAUUUAUACAGCUUGGGCUCCUAACAGGCUUACCAAUGGUCAUGGAAAUUGGACUUGAAAGAGGAUUUCUUACAGCCCUCAAAGAUUUCGUCCUCAUGCAGUUGCAGUUAGCAGUUGUUUUCUUCACAUUUUCAUUGGGAACAAAAACUCAUUACUUCGGCCGCACAAUACUUCACGGGGGUGCAAAGUACAGACCUACUGGGCGUAAGGUAGUUGUCUUCUCUGCCAGUUUCACUGAAAACUACAGAUUGUAUUCGAGAAGUCACUUCGUUAAAGGAUUCGAGCUACUGCUUCUGUUGGUUGUCUAUGAUUUGUUCAGGCGAUCUUAUCAGAGCAGCAUGGCAUAUAUGUUGAUCACUUACUCCAUCUGGUUCAUGUCAAUUACUUGGUUAUUCGCACCAUUUCUGUUCAAUCCCUCUGGGUUCAGUUGGGCGAAGAUAGUAGAUGACUGGAAAGAAUGGAAUAAGUGGAUUAAGCAGCAAGGUGGUAUCGGAGUUCAGCAGGACAGAAGUUGGCAGUCUUGGUGGGACGACGAACAAGCCCAUCUUCGUCAUUCAGGACUUGUUUCGAGGUUGAUCGAGGUACUUCUCUCACUAAGGUUCUUCAUAUAUCAGUACGGGCUCGUAUAUCACCUAGACAUCUCCCAGCAUAGCAGUAAUUUUCUGGUUUAUGUGCUUUCUUGGGCUGUGAUUGCUGCAAUUUUCUUACUAGUCAAGGCAGUAAACCUGGGGAAGCAGCAAUUCAGUGCCAACUAUCAUUUCGUAUUCAGAUUAUUCAAAGCGUUUCUCUUCCUUGGCGUUGUAGCGGUAAUUAUUUCGCUAUCGGUCGUCUGUCAUUUAUCUCUGAAGGACAUGGUCGUCUGCUCUCUAGCCUUCCUUCCAACUGGAUGGGGAUUGACAUUGUUUGCACAAACUGUGAGGCCAACAAUAGAGCACACUUGGCUGUGGGACUUCACCAGGAUUCUUGCCAAAUCAUAUGAUUACGGUAUGGGCGUCGUUAUUUUCGCACCUGUAGCUAUGCUGGCAUGGCUUCCAAAUAUAUCGGACUUCCAGACUCGUUUCCUCUUCAACGAGGCGUUCAACAGGCACCUGCAUAUCCAACCAAUUAUUGCUGGGAAACGGAAGCAUAAGUGAUGAUUUGAGUGAAUGAAUGAAUGUAUUUAGUACAUAUUGUAUAGUGUCAUACAAUGCUGAGAAAUCCUCCAAAAAUUUAUGUAUAGGUAUUAGUGAAUCAGGAGAGGAUGGGAUAUAGGAUUACAGAGUUUAGGCGUCAAUCUUUGAAUCCCAUUUGGAAGAUUGAAUCCCAUUUGGAUGAUCUUCGAUUAUAGAUACUCCUCAAAAACGUCUAUGAUGUUAUCAAAUACGAAGAACAGAAAGAAUAAGCUUUCGUAAAUUCAAAAUACAAAGAAAUUAGUUCAACUCAA